UGAGGGACGUGUUUGUUUGUAGAAGUUGAGAGAGACAGAGGAAGGCAGACGGAAGUUUGGGAAACAAUGGCUCUGGUAGAUUACGCUAUUUCCUCAGAUGACGACGACGUAUCGGAGGCUGAAGAGGAACCAACUCCCCCAAAACGUCAAGCAUCGCCUCCAAUUCGCCCUGAUAGUCAGCAGAAAUCUGAGGAGCCAUCAUCUUCAGAGACUGCUCCGGAGCCGUUGCAGCUUCCGGAUGCUUCGUUUCUGUUGAACGAACAUGGCUCGAAGAAGAAGAGAGACUCAAAUGGGUUGUCUUCCUCCCAGUUACCGCGCAGUAAAGUCCCAAGAGGGACCUUGCUUCAUACUAGGAAUCUUCCUGAUACCGGUGGUGGUAUGCUAGUACCACCUCAACUUAGUGGAAGGAAAAAUGUUGUCACGGAAGAUAUUGGCAAGCUGUUUGUAAAAAGGCGCACUGACGACUCAUCUCAUUAGUAUUACGGCAAAUUGGCAUUAGUUUCUUUGUGAGAC